UUCCCUUCGUCCCCUCCCCCUCUCAAUCUAUUGCUAGCUAAAACCCUUAACAAGCAAACAAGCCACAAUGGCCAUGAGAACAACGACGGCGGCUUUGGCUGCGGCAGCAGCUCCUCGUGGCGGAUUUUUGCGUCUGUUUUCAACAACUUCCACUUCAUCCUCCUCCUUCCCUUUUCCUCAGACCACGCAGCAAACUCCUGCACGUGAACAGGCUGAGCCAAACACCAAUCUCUUUGUGUCUGGGCUAAGUAAAAGAACAACUUCAGAGGGACUACAAGAGGCCUUUUCUAAAUUUGGUGAAGUGGUUCAAGCUAGAGUUGUAACUGACAGGGUCUCAGGCUAUUCUAAGGGGUUCGGUUUCGUCAAAUAUGCUACCUUAGAAGAUGCUGCUGAAGGAAUAAAAGGCAUGGAUGGACAGUUUCUGGAUGGAUGGGUUAUAUUUGCAGAGUAUGCUAGACCCAGACAACCACCUUCUGAACCUCAAAACAACACAGGCAUGGGAUUAUGGAAACAACGCUACUGAUAGCCGCUGGCAGUGACUCCUAUAGUCAAGGGAUCAAGUUUGUCAUUAUCCAAACUAGCACGGCCAGCGCAGCUGGCAGUGACUCCUAUAGUCAAGUGAUCAAGUUUGUCAUUAUUCAAACUAGCAUGGCCAGCAAGUACCAUUUAUGAAUUCUUCACAUUAUUGUGGUUUCUCUUUCACAGCUUAGAACGAUCAAUAUGUUUUUAUAUUAACUAACUGUGAGCAGCUUGAAAUUAUAAAUUAUGUGGAUAACAAACUGUUCCAUGCGUGAGCAUGCAUAUCUAGCAAGUACAAUUUAUGAAUUCUUGACACUA